CUGCACUAAUCUCUCUCUUCCACAUUAAUUCUCCCACUGUAUUUCAACUGAUUAUAAUGGAGAUGACGCAAGAAUCGCCGGUUCAGAUAGAAAACGCCGCCCCUAAACAGCCGGCACUCCCGCCGGUUCAGAAAGAAAACGCCGCCCCGAUGCAGCCGGCACUCCCGUCGGUUCAGAAAGAAAACGCCGCCCCGAUGCAGCCGGAACUGCCGCCGGUUCAGAAAGAAAACGCCGGCCAGAAGGAGGAGACACUGCCGCCGGUUACCAAGCCGAGCUUAUGCAGCAAAACCACCUUUCCCGAUCGUCUCAAGGUUCCCAAGGCAUUCAAAUACCCUGAAAGGUACACAAGUCCAACUGAUCAAAUGAUGUCCCCUGUUUCCAAGCGACUCUUCGGCAACGGAAGAAUCAGAAAGCCAGCCACCGCCGACGCCACUGCCGCCACCGCGCCGUUACCUCCUUCCGGCAAUCCUCCGAAGCCCGUCAAGAUUCAACCCCAAGCUUCUCGAAACUUGAUAUCGAUAGACACUUAGCUUUAACACACAGUGUAUCACUGUGCUGAUGAACAAAAUAUUUCUUUGUUUUCUAUUUUUGUUUUCUAAAAAUAUAUGUAUGUCGGAAUCAACGGUUGUUAUAACGACAA